AUGUGGCGCGCUAAUGCUAAGGCUUGGGUUAUGCGCCAUUUCUUCACAGAAUGGGUUAAUCUGUGCUUUGGUUUGGCAGUCAAAAAAUAUUUGGCUGAGAAAAGCCUGCCAAUGAAAUGUCUCUUGGUCCUCGACAAUGCCCCUGGUCACCCUCCUGGUCUCGAAGAGGACAUUCUUGAUGAGUACAGGUUCAUCAAGGUCUUUUAUCUCCCGCCCAACACCACACUACUCCUCCAGCCCAUGGACCAACAAGUAAUUUCCAACUUUAAAAAACUGUACACGAAGCAUUUGUUCAAGAAAUGCUUCGAUGUCACAGACAACACCAAUCUCACCCUUCGUGAAUUUUGGAAGGAACAUUUCAAUAUCGUCCAUUGCUUAAAAAUUAUUGACGAUGCAUGGCAGGGUGUCACACGAAGAACUCUUAAUUCAGCAUGGAAGAAAUUGUGGCCAGCUUCCAUCGCUGAGAGGGACUUUGAAGGAUUCAAUACGCCAGACCCUGAUGAACCCGAACCUAUUGUGGUGGAUGAAAUCGCGUCUCUUGGAAAGUCCAUGGGGCUGGAGGUAGAUGAGGCAGACGUGACUGACCUUGUCGAGGAGCAUCAGGAAGAGCUCAUGACACAGGAAUUGAUUGAGCUCCAGGAGAUGCAACAUUCGGAGGUGUUGCAGGAGCUCAGUAGUGAGGAGGAGGUGGAAGAGGAGGACCGCCUUUCCACGAAGGAAAUCAGAGACAUGUUAGCGAAGUGGCAGGAGUAUUCUGGUUUUAUGGAAAAGAGGCACCCGGACAAGUUGGCGUGUGGUCGUGCGUUAGCCUUUUGUAACAACACUUGUGUACGUCAUUUUUGUAACAUUUUGAAGGGGAGACAAAAGCAAACAUCCCUAGAUAGGUUCCUUUUAAAAAGUGAAGGUGAAAGCGAGUCAAAAAGGAGGCAAAAAGAGCCAAGCUGGAAGAAGAAAAGUAAAAAAAUGUAA